AUGGGCGGCCGCGCUGUAUCGCCCGGCGGGGCGCUGCUGAGAUCGUCGCGCAUGUUCUCAAUGCCCAAGCCCCUGCCCGAGCCGCAUGCCGGCCUCCAACAAAUGUCCGACCGGAGCUCCAAGUCCAUGACCAAGCCGCAGCCGCAGAUGCAGUCCGUCACCACGCCGCUGUCCUCGCGCCAACACGGCGAUUGGGGCUUCAAGCGCUCCUUUCCGCUCAAGACGACGCUGCACACGUCGACGCCGCUGAUUCGCCUCAAAAACAUUGACGCCAUGGAGAAUGUGACGGAUUUUGAGUCGGCCGCCGACCACACGCUCACGCUCGAAAAGUUCCAGGAGCUGCGCAUUGCCAUGUCGACGCCCAAGAAGCGCGUCGAUCCCGCCAGCACCCUUCGCGAGACGCCAGGCAACAAGUCUGUUUUUGAGGACCGCUUCGACACCACCGACGGCGACCGCGCCGGCAACCUCCGCUGGAAGUACGAGGGCCCCUGGCUGGCCAGAAUGACAGAGGGCGAGUUCAUGCGCUACCUCGACAGACAGGUCCGUCCGCAGCGAACCCAGUUUCGCGCGCUGCUGAGGAAGGGCCUCGCCGACGACAUUACCGCGCGUCAGAACAGCUACGCUAUGGAAAAGGGCAUCGAUGCGCCUCCACCCGUUACACCAGCCGACAUUACCGAAGCGCAGUUUACUGAGUAUCUACGCGCGCUGCGCAAUGACCGAGCCGUCUUGUAUGCCAUCGUCUCCAAGUUCCUCGACCUCGCGCCCCUAGGCCAGCCCGUCGGCGUUGUGCAGAGCCUCUUCCCGCCUCAGGCCGAGAGCCCCUGGGGCAAGGCCGGCCCGCCCCCGACACACCCGUCCGCAGGUAUCAGCUACCUGCGCACGAGCUCCUACAUGGAGAACCACCCAGUAUACGGUCCUCAGAGCCGCCGCGCGCCGACGCUGGCUCGUCUCAUCAGCCCCCGCACCGCCUUUCAGCCGCCCAGGCUCGGCGUCGCUGGUUUCGUGGCGGAUCCUCCCGUCGGUGACAAUGAAUUCAACACUCGCCACUCUAGGAGCAGGUACGGCCAAAAGGUCGAGGGCAACGGCAUCGCGGACCUCGACACAACCACGAUUGGCGGCGCCAAGACCUUUGUCGAGCCGGUGACGGCAAGCGUGGACCCCAGCGGCCGCAUACUCCUCGAGCUCAGGGAGGCAGACCCCGUGGCGCAGGUCAUUGGCCAAGAGAACAGCGGCAAGACUACAGUCUACCACGACGGGGCCAUGAAGCGCGAGCUGCGCCCGCAAGAGGAUCCUCACGCUCAAAGAAUGCGGGCCGUGACGGAUGAAAUCAUGCAGAACAAGCUGUGA